AUGCUCACCUCCCUACGUCGUCAAAUUAACUUCAAAGAUCUUUUCCCAACUCCAUGGAGUUUCGUCAUUUUUAUCUCAUAUAUGGGUUUGUUUAUCAAUCAAGGUUUACUGGUAACUGGUUCGAAAACAUCAUCACACUCCUACAACUACAAUACAAUUGUUGUUGUUUUACUGACAGAAGUUGUUAAAUUCGUCACCGCUUUAGUUAUCUAUCGUCAAACUCAUUCGUUCAAUCAGAUGCGACGAGACAUCACCGAGAAUCAAACAGGUAAAUUUGCCUUCCAAAAACGAGUUUUCAUUUACUAUAAACGAAACAAACGAAAAUUAUUAUUUCUCUACUUUAUUCCAUCGGCACUGUACUGCUUAUACAACAAUUUAGCAUUUAUAAAUUUAUCAUCCUACGAUCCGACAACAUACUUUCUGUUACUUCAAUUUCGUGUUGUAGUCACGGGUGUAAUCUUUCAAAUUCUAUUCAAUAAACGAUUAACACGUAUCCAAUGGUUGUCUUUGCUAUUGCUCACAUCAGGCUGUAUCAUAAAACAAUUCGAACAUUCGUCAUCAUUACCAGUAAGCAAGGUCUCUCUGACUAAUUCGACAUUAUCUCAUACACCGGAGCCAACUGUACAAAAGUCUUCCUUAAUCAAUAUUCAUCUCAUUUGGAUCCUCGUCCAAGUAUUUUGUUCAUGUUUCGCAGGUGUUUAUAACGAAUAUUUAUUGAAAAGUGACCGAACUACACAAGUCGACGUAAUGCUACAAAACUCCUUCAUGUACUUCGAUUCGAUACUUUGCAACCUUAUGCUCUUGAUGUUCUUUGAUCAACAGCAACCCUAUUUAUCAAUAACAGAGAAAUUCUCGAAUACAUUACGCUUAAUCACCUCAGGAAAAGAAAAUUUAAUCUUUUUCAUUAUCCUGAAUAAUGCCGCUGUUGGUAUUGUUACCUCGUUGUUUCUCAAAUCCAUGACAUCCAUAUUAAAGACAUUCGCAAGUGCUUUGGAGUUGCUAUUCACAAGUAUACUCGCUUGGAUUUUGUUUUCUAUUCCUGUUAGUAUUUACACAUUUCUGGCGAUAUUCAUCGUUUCAUUUGCUGUUUAUUUAUACUCAAUCAAUCCUGUUGUUAAUCAACCGAAAACAACGACGACUAAUAAUGAAAUCAAUUUAGUUUUAAAUAAGAGUAAUAUUACGCUCUCAACGGAGGACAUGCAUUCUAAACUGGGAUAUGAACAAGGAAAACGUGUGGUUGUGUAA